CCAAACUAGGCCCUGAUUUGCAAAGUCUAGAGAGUCUUGAAGUGUUGAAUUGUGAAAGUUUGAUAAAUUUGGUACCAUCCUCGGUAUCUUUCCAGAAUCUAGCUACUCUAGAUGUGCAGUCUUGUGGUAGUCUGAGAAGUUUGAUAUCACCCUCGGUAGCUAAAAGUCUGGUAAAACUCAAAACACUCAAAAUAGGUGGAUCAGAUAUGAUGGAAGAAGUAGUUGCCAACGAAGGAGGGGAAGCAACAGAUGAGAUUACUUUCUACAUAUUACAACACAUGGAGCUUCUGUAUUUGCCAAACCUCACAAGCUUCAGUUCAGGUGGUUAUAUAUUCUCAUUCCCAUCCUUGGAGCAGAUGCUGGUGGAAGAAUGCCCCAAGAUGAAAAUGUUCUCUCCAAGCCUCGUAACUACACCAAGGUUAGAAAGAAUAAAAGUGGGAGAUGAUGAGUGGCCUUUGCAGGAUGAUCUGAAUACCACCAUCCAUAAUUUGUUUAUAAAUGCACAUGGUAAUGUUGAGGCUGAGAUUGUGGAAUUGGGAGCUAGUUCAGCAUUAUGAUUACAUCAUGUUUUGUUCUUGGGAAUGUUACUCUUUGGCUGGAUUGAUUCCAUGUUAAUGCGAUAUGUAUCACUCUAUCUCAAUCUAUUUGGUUAUAUUUUAGGUUUAUAUAGAUUUGUUGGAUUGUAUGAUGUUUUCCACAUUGUUCAUAAUUGUUGAACUUUCUUCAUAAUUAUGGAUGGUCACUAUUUGAGUCGCA